AUGAAGUUAAGUAAAUUGUUUAAAAAAAAAAAAGACGUAGCAAUAGUUCUAGUUAAAACCACUACAGUAUUUAGUCAGGUGACAGAACCAAAUUUUACGCAAUUUUCACAAGAAUUAAACCUUUCAGCAAAAGCUUUAAAUAAUAUUUAUCAAACCCGAUAUACAAUAGAAGAGGAGUUUCUUGAAGACCGUAUUAAUGAUAUUAUUGAGGAAGGGAAAGUUUUUCGUAAAUUAACCCAGCAAAGUAUUCCCAUAUAUGAGAAGAUAGUCUCGUUUUGCUCAAAGAUUAUAAAACUUGUCUUAAGCCUUUCAAAGGAAAAUAUGAGAGGUACAAUAUUUAUUGAAAAAUCAAUGAAAUUAUUACGAGAUCAUGAAAAAAGAAUUCAAAAAGACCGUGAAGAAAUAAGACAUAGUGAAAAAUGUAUUGCAACAGUGAUAGAGCAGGCUGGCAAGAAAGAUCCUUAUGAGCUUGUAGGAAAUAUAACAGCAGCGAUAGCAACUGCAGCUGCAAUUGGUGGUUUGAUUAGUGGUAGCCUUUUUGUAUUCAUUGCUAGAGAGAAAGAUACAAGCAUCAGUAGUUUCUCACAAAAUAUUCUUAAUCAACUAGAAUACAUUGUAAAUGUUAUUAAUAAUUUUGAUAAUUUUUGGGAUAUUCAAAUUAAAGAAAUUACAGAUUCAAUCAGAAAAUUUGAGGACAUAAAAAAUGAUCAUGGAAUUAGAUAUGAUCAAGACAAGGCAGAAGAAGUUAUAGAUAAAUGGAAAAAAAUUAUAGAAGAAUAUGCUUAUUAUAUAGCAACUCUCAAAGGAUUGGGGCUAGCCUUAUAUUAA